CCACAUCUCUCCACCUCAUCCCAGCACCUGCACUUACAUCCACAAGACUGCACACAACACCACACCCGAGUCUGAAACUCUGAGAAGCUCAUCGUCACCAAUUCACCAUGGUUGUUCCGGUGAUCGACUUCUCGAAGCUCCACGGCGCCGAGAGGGCGGAGACCAUGGCCCAGAUCGCCGACGGCUGCGAGAACUGGGGCUUCUUCCAGCUGGUGAACCACGGCAUCCCGCUGGAGCUCCUUGACCGCGUCAAGAAGGUGUGCUCCGAGAGCUACCGCCUCCGGGAGGCGGCGUUCCGGUCGUCCGAACCCGUGCAGACGUUGGAGAGGCUGGCGGAGGCGGAGCGGCGCGGCGAGGCGGUGGCGCCCGUGAACGACAUGGACUGGGAGGACAUCUUCUACCUCCACGACGACAACCAGUGGCCCUCCGACCCGCCGGCCUUCAAGGAGACCAUGCGGGAGUACCGCGCCGAGCUCAAGAAGCUCGCGGAGCGCGUCAUGGAGGCCAUGGACGAGAACCUCGGCCUGGACAAGGGACGCAUGAAGGCCGCCUUCACCGGCGACGGCCUCCACGCGCCGUUCUUCGGCACCAAGGUCAGCCACUACCCGCCGUGCCCGCGCCCGGACCUCAUCACCGGGCUCCGCGCGCACACCGACGCCGGCGGCGUCAUCCUGCUGUUCCAAGACGACAAGGUCGGCGGCCUUGAGGUGCUCAAGGACGGCGAGUGGCUCGACGUGCAGCCGCUCGCCGACGCCAUCGUCGUCAACACCGGCGACCAGGUGGAGGUGCUCAGCAACGGCCGCUACCGCAGCGCGUGGCACCGCGUCCUGCCCAUGCGCAACGGCAACCGCCGCUCCAUCGCGUCCUUCUACAACCCGGCGUUCGAGGUGGCCAUCUCGCCGGCGGUGGGCGAAGGCGCCGCCGCCGCGUACCCGGACUACGUGUUCGGGGAUUAUAUGGACGUGUACAACAAGCAGAAGUUCGAGGCCAAGGAGCCAAGAUUCGAGGCCGUCAAGGCGCCAAAGGCAGCUUAAGCUUAAUAUCAUGGCGAUUAAACGAAAAUUAUUUACCUAUUAGCUGGCUUUUGUUUUACAAUGAAGAAAAAAAAUUGUGUUUUUGGAGUUUACUCAGACGCGUAGCAAAUAUGAUGUGGGAAAAAUGUGAUUGGUUCGGUGUCAAAUAGAGUAAUUAGGAAAUGAAGUAUGGAUUUUUCAUUAGACUAGAACAAUGCCCGUGCGUUACAACGGAGUAUAAAUAUUCGAAUACAUUAACUUGUGAUUUA